AUGGCCACCAUUCCGCACUGCCUCUGCUGCUUCGAGUCCCUCGCGGCUCACCUGGAGAAGCGCAAGCCCCUGACCCUCGCCGAAAUCCAAAAGUCAUGGGCCGAGUACGUCCGCGCGAAUGAAGCCGAAGCCAGCAGUUCCGAGAAAGCAACAAAACAGGCUCCGGCUCUCCGUCGUCUGGCCGAAGAGUCCUCCUCAUCCUCAUCUUCCUCUGCCUCUAACAGCACGCUCUCCCUGGAUUCUUCAACCCCAGCCACCUCUGUCUCAACAACCCCAGCACCAGCCUCAGACGAAGACGAAGAGAAGGAGGACGAAGUCACCGAAUCACCCCUCUUCGUCACCUGGAACAUCAACCACCCACGUUACGGGUGGACGCUGCGCGGCUGUAUCGGCACAUUCGAGGCGCAGCCGCUCGACCAGGGCCUGUCGGACUACGCGCUGAUCUCGGCGCUGGAGGACACGCGGUUCAAUCCAAUCUCGAAGGCAGAGCUGCCGCAUCUACAGGUUGCCGUGACGCUGCUGACAGACUUUGAGGAUGCGGCAGAUGCGUUCGACUGGGAGCUGGGCAAGCAUGGGUUGAGGAUCUCGUUUGUCGACCGGGGCCGCCGGUACGGCGCGACAUAUCUGCCGGACGUGGCGGUUGAGCAGGGCUGGACGAAGGAGGAGACUGUGGUGAGCUUGAUGAGGAAGGCGGGCUGGGGAGGGAGGAAGGAUAAAUGGCAGGAAGUGGAGAUGAAGGUGGUGAGGUAUCAGGGAAAGAAGAAUAAGCUGGAAUAUGCGGAGUUCAAGAAGUGGCGGGAUUGGGUUGAGAAGCAGGGGGCGAACUGA